AUGGUACGCCACAAGAAAGAUUCCUCCGGUAAAGCCAAGAAAUAUGCCUCUGGCGCCAGACACACUAGCCGAGCGCACCGAGAUGGAGAUUCGAGUGGCGCAACAGAAAGACCACCCUUCAAAGCGGCGUGCUGGGACUUUGGUCAUUGUGACGCCAAACGAUGUAGUGGGAAACGGUUGAUGCAUUUUGGUAUGAUGAGAGAACUUCCCAUUGGGCAGAAACAUCCUGGGGUUGUCAUCUCUCCCAACGCCAAGACGAUUGUCUCUCCGGCAGACCGCGAAUUAUUGGAGCAAUAUGGGGCUGCGGUGGUGGAAUGUUCAUGGGUUCGAGUGCAAGAAAUUCCAUGGUCUCGAAUUGGCGGAAAAUGUGAAAGGCUUCUGCCUUAUCUGGUGGCGGCCAACCCCGUCAACUAUGGUCGGCCCUGGCGACUGAACUGUGUCGAGGCUUUGGCAGCAUGUUUUGCAAUAUGUGGGCAUCUUGACUGGGCCGAGAUUGCCCUCCAGCAUUUUUCCUAUGGGAAACCAUUCCUGGAAAUCAAUUCGCAACUACUGAAACGCUAUGCGGCCUGUGAAAACGAGGAGCAGGUUAAGAAAGCAGAAGAAACUUGGCUGGCCAAGCUGGAAAAGGAAUAUUCCCAGAAUCGAACAAACAAAGGCCUGGAUGGCGAGGAUGAUGUCUGGGCAGGAGGAAACAUGAACAGGAUGGAGCCAGCAGGGGACUCGGAGGAUGAAGAUGAGGAUGAGGACAACAGCGACGAAGACGGAUCCAACGAAGCCGAGGCUUUCCAACAAGGGGUUGCAUUGGACCUACCUCCUGAUGAAGAGGAUGACGAUGAGGCAGCUGAGAUGGCAGAGAUCAGACGAAAGAUUCUUGCGUCAAAGCCAUUUGCAGAUUCGCUCAAAUCAGAGUCAGCCUCUCGAACUACGCUUCAAAGUUCUGUUGACGGUCAAGUGCUAGGUAGCACCGACCCAGCAUCACAACCACAGACCCUUCUCGACAGCGACGCCGAGUCAGGGUCUGAGGAAGAAGUUUACGAUGAUUUUGACCAGAUCGCAAAUGCCACGACGGUUACUGACCGGACAGGCAUCACGGCGCGAGAGCGACAGAAGAAAAUGGAGCAAGCCAGUGCUUCGUUCUCACGCACAAUUGUUACAGCACCGGGCAAAUGGUGACAUGUCCAUAGAGAGACACAAUCAGAGGCCCAUCCAACAGCAGAUCCAUUCCCA